UCACCUCCCAGUCGGCCAGUCCCAGGCGCUUUGCGCGUUCUCACCUUCCGCCCGCACGCGAGGCCAAGGCCGCCGCCGCUCGUGCUUGUUCGCGCUCGCCGCCGAGGCGAAGUCUGCCGCCGCCGCCGCGCUCGCCAUUCGUGGUCACUUUCCAAUCCCAUGGGCGACCCGCACCUCCUCUCCUCCGCCCACCCCAACGCUGCCGCCUCCGCCUCGGCUCGAAAACACCCUGGCCCCAUCGACGAGCGCCUCGCCGCGUCCGACCCUUCCCCGUCCUCCGCCAAGCGUCCUAGGGUUGCGGCGGAGCCGCCCGCUUCCGGCGGCUGCGUUCCGAAUGUCGAGGCGGAUGUACGAGCUCUUGUAUCGAUGGCCGGAGGAAUUUACCCGCUGGCGCGGGCAGAGGCGCUCCGUGGACUCACCGCGGUCCUCGAGAAUGUCGACCCCAGCAGCCGUGCCAGCGUAGGGAUCACGGAGUGCUGCUACAAAUGCGCGGUGGAGCUCAUGAGGGACGACGACAACGGCGUCAGGUUAGCCGUCGUGCGAUUGGUAGGUGCGUGUGCUCGAAAUUUUUCAGCGAGAUUGAAUUUCGAUGCCAAUGGCUAUGGUGACCUGAUGGACAUGAUUUUCCUACAGCUAAGCUCCAUGGCUAGGGACAUGUGCACACAAGUGAGAAUGGAAGCGUUCACUGCCCUUGGUAAAAUGCAACGAGUUUCUGAGGGUGUUCUGCUACAGUCACUGUCUAAGAAGGUCAUAAAAACUGACAGUAUGAAUGUUUCUAUCAUCAAUGGCCAAAAAUUACCUCCUAAACUAAAAAUUCCGUGUGCUGCUGGGAUUUUUUCCCAUGGAAUUGAAGACGAGUUUUACCAGGUGAGAACAACUGCUUGCAAAUCAUUAGGAGCACUGGCGAAGUUUUCUAAUCAGUAUGCAGAGAAGGCCUUGGACUUGUUGAUGGACAUGAUGAAUGAUGAUACGGAAGCAGUUAGGCUGCAAACUUUGGAAGCACUAUUUCAUAUGGCAACAUAUGGAUGUUUGACUGUGCAGGAGAAGCACAUGCAUAUGUUUCUUGGGUUGCUGGUUGAUGCCACUGCCGUAAUUCGAGAUGCAGCACGCAAGAUCCUUGGGUUAGUCAACAUGCCAAAACUUCAAAUAUUCAAAUCUGCAGUUGAUGGUCUUAUUACAAGUUUGGAGAAAUAUCCAGAGGAACAGGAUAUAUAUGGUAUUCUGUUUUCCAUUGGUAAGAAUCAUGGGAGCUUUUCAGCUAACAUUGCUAAAUAUUUGGCCAAAGAGAUCGCUAUGGCAUCUGAUGGAGAGCUUAUCUUGGACAAACCAAGGGUCAAAGCGUUGUUAAUAGUGUCCAUUUCAGCACCUUUUUCUGAUGAUAAGCACAAGAAGCUGAACAUACCUUCAAUUAUCUUCUCACAUGCAAUUCCCCUACUGGAGAAGUUUUCGUGUGCGCUAGGAGGAGAGAUUAAUCAGGAUUCACUCUUAUCUUACUUGUGUCAGAAAGGUGGAAUGCCAUUUUGGGAAAAUAGAUCAAUAUCUGCAGAGUUUGGAGAAUCUGAAAGCUGCAAUGUUGAAACAGUGGAAAUUGGUGCCCAUAUAGAAAAUACUGCAAAGGCAACCAAGUGUCUAGAUGAAGUUCUGGUAAUGCAAUCCGUGAAAUCCAUACUAGAAAUAGUUGAAGGAGCCUGGACUAUGAGAAUGACGUGCAAUGUUUGUGAAGUCCGUACUAUUUUGAGAACAUGCAAAGAAGAGCUAAGAUUAUUGGCAGAAAAUUCUUCUGGAUCAAUUGGUGCAUUCUUGAGCUUUCUGAGUGAGUAUGUUGAUGCAAUGUUGUUCAUUGUUGAAAUAUGGCAGUUGAUUCAGUUGGACAAUCCUUAUACUUUUGGCCUAACGUCACUUGAUAUUUUACUGGAGAAGUUGGAUAUGUCUGUAAGAAGGAUGGAAUACUGUUAUGUUAGAUUAAAUAGAGUAUUGGAGGUUCAAGUGUUGGAGCUUUCUUUGAUAGCUCAUUUAUUUAGACUGUCAAAGAUUGCAGUUUGUUCCAAGGUAGUUCUGGGUAAGUUGCUUUCAGUAAUUAAUCGCUUAGAGGAUCUGUGUGCUGAUGGGUCCUGUGAACUGUCUGAUUUCAGUAGAGAAAUUAAGAAGGCCUUUGAUACCAACCCUACUGGUGAUAAUCUGAUUGGCAGCAUUAACAAUUUGUUUCAGCUCUUCCGUCUAAAACCAACAACAGACUUUGGAAUGCUUAAAGUGAUAAGUGCAGUGUUGCGAGUCUGUGAUAACGAUUCUGAAAACCCAUUACAAUACAUUUGUGGAUUACCAGUGGGCAUCAGCUUUAAAAUAUCUCUGUGGAACGUAUCUAGUCAUCAUAGAUUGUGGCUCCGCAUGACUAUUGGUGAAUCUAUGCAACAUACCUUCCUAGAUUUUUCUUGUUUUGGAGGCAAUGAUGAGGUGAAGAGCAGCUCUAUGGUUGUUCCUCUGUAUGCUACUCCAAAGGCAUGUUCGUUUGUGCUUAGGGUAUGUCUGGUAAUGGAAUGUCCAUCUGCAGGGAUAAGCACCCACCAGGGAGGAGAUGGAGGACCGAGUGAUUCUGUGGUUCAACUCUCUGAUGAACUGGAUGUUUAUUUUGUUAGUGCUGUGCAACGGUGAUGAUUAAAAUAUAAGUGAUCAUAUGCUCUCCAUGCUCAUCAUCUUACAGGCACUUGCUUGAGUGGUAUGCAUAAUGCAGUAAUGCACACUCUUGAUCCAGGAUCUCUUCUGAGGAAAAGGAUUCAGUUGCGCUGCCAUUUUUUGUAGCAAAAGCAAAGCAAAUGAGGCGCAUGUUCGAUGUCCGUAUGCAUAGUUCAGAGGUGUACAGUUCUUUAGGAGCUACAGCUUCAGUCGGAAGGGGAACCAAACGAAGUGUACAAUGGACUGUUAGGACCUUCAGCUUCAUGCGGAAGGUGAACCAGAUGAAGUGACAAUGGAGAAGGUGGGCUAGGAACCUAGGACGAGAAGGGUGAACCAGACGAGUGACAAUGGACUGUUAGCACCUACAUCUUCAGACGGAACUGAAGCUGAACCAGAUGAAGUGACAAUGGAGAAAGUGGGCUAGGACGAGAAACUGCUAGAUCAGAAAUUCGGAAUUCUACAGUACAGUUCAUGAUAUAUGGAAUCUAAUUUAGUCAUUCAAUUUAAUCAUUCUGGUUCUUCUAUAAUUUAGUUAUUCAAGUUUUAAUUUGUGCAGUUUACUGAUGAUCAGGUCCAGAUUGAUAAGAUAUCGGGUCAUGGCCAUGAGAUAAUAACUUUUGUGUGGUCUAUUGAUCAGCUGAUUAUUGGUUUACAACUAAAUAAUUUAUUCAAAUUUCUUUCUGCUGAAAGAAAUUGUCAUCGCCCUAAUCAAUCAUCCCCGUCCAACCCUUAUCCCCCUGAUUGCAGACAAGUGUUGUGGAUAAUCUUUGGAGGCCGGCACAUAAAUAGCCACGCAUGAUUCAAUUCGAAACGUGGGAUUAGAUUGAUUCGUGGAAAGAACACUGUAGAGAGAAUUUUGGCAACUCCAUUGACCAUGGUCGAUCGUAGGGAGUACACCCACGAAUCUCAUCUCAAACAUGAAACAAAUAGAGUCAAUUCUCUUA